AUGUCUCAAAACCUUCUCACGGCUGCCACUACCAUGAACAAUCACGAAGAAGAGCUUGAAGUUCCAGGCUUUUCAUGGAUUAUAGAAUCGGAAUUGGCUGGUAUGAAAUUUCCAUCCCUUCCCGAACAUUACAAAAAUUUAAAUCAUCAUCACAUUGGUUUGGUGAUUUGUGUGAAUGAGAGGGUAGCUUCCUUUGUUGAACAAUUACCUCAUUCAGAAUAUUUUAAUUUAAUUUCUAAAAAAUUACAAAAAAUAGAAAAUUGUGAAGAAUUUACUUAUAAUGUUGGAAAAUUGAAUAUUGCUCAUUUUCCUAUUAAUGAUUAUGGAGUUCCUAAUAUGGAAUUAAUGAAUGAAAUGAUAAAAUUGGUAGAAUAUGUGAGAAAGGUGGAUUCGAACAGGGGAAUUGUUGUGCAUUGCAUGGCUGGACUUUCUAGGACUGGAAUGAUUCUGGCAUGUUUGUUGGUGAGAGUAUGGAAAAUGACAUUUGAGGAGUCAAUCAAGUUGGUCAAUCAGAAGAGAGGAAGAAAUGGUAGAGGAGUAAUGACUAGCAAGCAAGAAGCAUUUGUGGAAGAUUUUUCAAAGACUAUUCCUAAUAUUCAAUAA